AGACCCCCGUUUGCGAAAGGCUGACCUAGAGGCGGAGAAGGAACCAUCGCCUCUGCCCAUCCCAUCAGAGAGGCUCCCGGGGGCUUCCUCUGUACCCGAGUCCUGCGAUGACGACAGGGGAUUUCCUCAGAGCAUGUGCAGAGCGCCUGCUUCCUUUCCCCCUCCCCCCUUCUUGACUCGAACCAGGCCUCCCAGACAAAAGUUGACCACCUUUGCUGAACUCAGAGCCAACCCUACUAUUAGGCAGAGUGGAGGAUAUUAUCCAAUCACUGGUGAUGAAGUAAGAUUCAGCUGGCAUACUGCUUGGUUUCUCCACUCUGCACAUUGAGAAGGACUAUUUGGCAGAAUCUUCCCUGGACUGUUCCAUGUUUUGCACAGUUCUCACAGUGAUCUACACUGAAGUUAAGUAGCGCUUAUAAAUAUAUGGGUGGUAUUUUCUUAGUGACUCAUCUAUCAAAGCAACGAGCCUCAGACUGUUCCGGGCAGCCAACCAAGAUGGACGUAAGCAUGCUUGAAGAGCAAUACGACUGUCUAAAACAGAAGCAAAAACUACAGACACACAUUAUUGUGUUUAAAACAGGUGAGAAUGAGACAGUCCCAGGGGAAUCGAUGGUCAGCGCUGUUUUAAUUAACAAGAAAAUGAGGAAAGCAAAAGCAUUUAAAGAGCGUGCUCCUGUCAAAGAGGUUAGCCUUGAAUUGCCCUGCAGUGAAAAUAUACAAGACAGUUCACCUUGGCGGAUACAUCUAGAGAUCCACCGCCUUGCACAUGGAGAACACCAGGAAGUUCCUUUGGGUGCUGUCCAAAAAAGCAAUGAACAGGUUAGCGCUGACAGUGAAAUACUGUCUCAGAAGGAGAGAGUGAUGACAUGCGAAGAAUUAUUAAAAGGAAGUGAACAAUCUGCUGGAAUACUCAGCGAACAGGAAAAUUCGAGCCCUGCUGAAACGACAGACAGUUCUUAUUCACAUUUGACCUCAGUUACUUCACCAGCUUGGACACACGCUCACAUUUCAGUCUCAAAAUUGGCACCGACAUCAAGUAAGCUACCCUAUUACCCUUUCCCUCAGAAGAAAACUCACAAGAUCUCUGAAGCUGCAAGAAGACUUGGAUUGUAUGUUUCACAGUGAGAGCAUCUCAUUAAGGAAGGAAACCAAGUCUUGCUACGCACAGUCCCCUACACAGAAGCAGCUGCAUGUUCCUUCUGGUCACAUGUGCAACUGUGAUCGGAUUCCAACACCUGUGGUUACAGGAAUUGCUGUGGCUGUAGCCAUGUAUAUCCCAGCUUACACAAGUGUUACCCUGAGUGGGAAAGGAAAAACUGCUCAAAUAUAGGGGUGGGACAGCUCAUGCUAUUUUAAACGUUUGGCUAAAAUAUUCUUUUGCCACCAUCUCCUGUGCCAAGGGGCUAGUUCACAUUUGGGUAUUCUUUAGUUGUUUAUCCACUCCCCGCACCUUUUGAAUUAGAUCAGAGUUGUCCACACAUGCACAUAUUUGAAUUUGUAUCCAAAGAGCAACUUUGGUCUUCUCAGGGGGUUUUGAAUUAAUCCUAACUUCUCUGUUCUAAAUAAAAGGGACUUUCACUCAACUCACUUCUGUGGAAUGAGAGAAAUGAAGGCUGUAACCCAGGAAACAACAGGACACAAUAUCUACCAACCUCAGAUCUUAGACGGGAGACGUUGAAAUUCUCCUGCCUCUAUCAGCCUCCACAAUGUAUAAUGCUAACCCAUGAUUUGUUUUAAAAAACCAAGACUUUUCCCACAGACGGUCAAACAAACACGGCUUGUUUCUCCAAAGCUUGGUUCAUUUUCCAGCUGCUCUUGCCUCGUGCCCUUCCAUGGGUUCAAAUAUGACACUAUAGUUAAAGCAAGCCAAGGUUUGCCAGCCAACAACAAAGCACAACAGGAGACUGUGGUUUGCUGGCAAGAAACAAAAGUUAAACCAAUGGACAGAGUUCAGGCAAUCAAACAAUGGUCUCUGCUUAUUGGAUUCAGCUGGCCCUGCAAUGGGGGAGUUAACUGUGAACACUUUCUAAUAUUUUACCAAAUACCUUUGAUGUGCUUGUUAAGGAAUGAUUGCUUAAAACCUAUUUUGGACUA